GCGGGGCUCGGAGCAGCCCAGUGCAGAACAGGCCGCGAGUGUAUGUGGCGGUGACCGCCCUGCCCUCCAUGCGCAAGAUGCUGGCCGCCCUUUCCCGCCUGCUGCUGCCCAAGGGCCCGGCUGCCCACAAACCGGGAGCUGUUACUGAGGUUGCCCGUGUGGUUGUUGCUUCUCGCAAUUAUGCAGAUUUUGCAACAGAGGCUACAUUUGAUGUUAAGAAACAUGAUAUCCACCGUUUGGAGGAGAGCCCAUCCACAACUGCUGUAAUGACUCGAGAGGAGGGUCUGCAGUACUACAAGACUAUGCAGACAAUUCGGCGCAUGGAGUUGAAAGCAGACCAGUUGUAUAAACAGAAGAUUAUUCGAGGUUUCUGUCAUUUAUAUGAUGGCCAGGAAGCUUGCUGUGUUGGACUUGAGGCAGCCAUAAAUCCAACAGACCAUUUGAUCACGGCUUACCGGGCUCAUGCCUUUACAUAUACGCGUGGUAUUUCAGUUCGUGAAAUUCUUGCUGAGCUGACAGGUCGAAUAGGUGGAUGUGCUAAAGGCAAAGGAGGCUCAAUGCAUAUGUAUGCCAAAAAUUUCUAUGGUGGUAAUGGUAUUGUUGGUGCCCAGGUUCCUUUGGGAGCUGGCAUUGCAUUGGCAUGCAAAUACUUUGGGAAAGAUGAGAUCUGUGUGACAUUGUAUGGUGAUGGUGCUGCCAACCAGGGUCAAAUAUUUGAAACAUUUAACAUGGCAGCCUUGUGGAAAUUGCCUUGCAUUUUCAUCUGUGAGAACAACCGAUACGGAAUGGGUACUUCUGUAGAAAGAGCUGCAGCCAGUACAGACUACUAUAAAAGGGGAGAUUUUAUUCCAGGUCUUAGGGUUGAUGGUAUGGAUGUUCUUGCUGUCAGAGAAGCAGCAAAAUUUGCUGCCAACCACUGCAGAUCAGGAAAAGGUCCUAUUGUGAUGGAGCUACAAACAUAUCGUUAUCAUGGCCACAGUAUGAGUGAUCCUGGAGUCAGUUACCGAACAAGAGAAGAGAUUCAAGAAGUGAGAAGCAAGAGCGAUCCCAUUACUCUCCUGAAGGACAGAAUGGUCAACAAUAACUUAGCCAGUGUGGAAGAACUGAAGGAAAUUGAUGUAGAAGUAAGGAAGGAGAUAGAAGAUGCCGCACAAUUUGCCACAACUGACCCCGAACCACCUCUGGAAGACCUAGGCAAUCAUAUCUAUUAUAAAGAACCACCCUUUGAGGUGCGUGGCCCAAAUCAGUGGAUUAGGUACAAAUCUGUGGGCUAAAUAAUUUUAUACUCAAGUUACCAUUCAAAUUGGUGCUUUUAUAGUGAAGUUUAAUUCCUCCCUUUAUUCUAAGGAGUAGUCCAUUUGGCAGCAAAAUAGGCAUUGUAUUGUGGAGAAAGCGGGGAAGGGGGAAAUAUUAUAAGCAUAUAAUUCUGAAAGACACCUGUUCAAGAAAGAACUAAAUUUAUUAAUAUAUAUCAAAGCUUCAGUCUUUUUGGAUUGCUGUAUUUAUGAAAGCUGUUCAUCUAAAAUCAUAUAUGUAUAUUAAAAAUGGCACAUUAAAACUUCCUGAGUAUUUCC